CCGUAUCUUCCGCUCGCAUACGCGUAAUAGUUGGUAACAUCCCUGCCUCCAUCAAGCCGGCCAUCCCCCACCUCAAGACAGCUUGACGCGCACAGUAGCAAGCAGCAGCUUAGCUCUCAGCCUCUCCAGACUUGUUCAUUCAUUUCUCGCGCACGCUCUCUCUCUCUCUCUCUCUUUCUUUCUCGUCUCGAACUCUUGAGAGCAGCGAGUGAGCGCCGCGCGUGGGUUACCUUUUAUGGCGAUCCGAGAGACGACGGCUAGAUCUCUCAGCGUUCCGCGUGUUGUGUGAUGCUGUGUGAAAAGUGUCCAGGAAGACGUUGACAGGCCAUCGGUAGGAUCUUUGUUUUGCUAUCACUGGGAAUAUAGCACUUUGUAAAAUCAAUUAACACUAACAACUUCAGAGCAAAACUGAGAGCUUUACAAUUGUCUGUAGCAAUGAGCGGCAUGGGUAUUAACACAGGCAAUGAAAGGAAUGUUUGUCAGCUUCAAGUGGACUAUAUUAUUUUUAUUAUUGACAUGUAUAGUAAAAAGUAUGGGAGAUCAGCGUCCUGCACCAACUGGUGUGAACGCGUGUAUUAUCAAACAGACGUGCCAUGAAUGUAUCCAAACUGUUGGCUGUGUUUGGUGUGCAAAACCUGAUUUUAAAAGUGAAAGGUGCUUCUUACCACAUGUAAAUCAAAAAAUCUCAGAAGAGUGUCCAGACGACUUUAAGAUCAACCCUGAUAAUGAAUAUAUUACGAUACGAAAUAAAGAACUUUGGAAAGGAAGUUACACUAUAGAGCCAGGUUAUAUAGAAGGUAGUGAAUGGAAUGCCGGUGGUGAACAUUCAUCAAGUGGCGGCUUCAAUAUUCACGGAGAGAGCGGUAGUUCAUUUUCAGGCAAUAGUAGAGGAGAAGCUGUGCAACUUCAACCACAGGAAGUGAAGAUUAAACUUAGAAUAAAUGAGGUUCAGAAAAUUAGAAUUCAGUAUGCACAAGCUGAAGACUAUCCUGUCGAUUUAUACUAUCUUAUGGAUUUAAGUAAUUCAAUGAAAGAUGACAAACAAAAACUAUCAGAUUUAGGACAAUUGCUAGUUGAAAGCAUGAGUAACAUCACGAGUAACUUUAGAUUGGGAUUCGGUAGUUUUGUAGAUAAAGUUGUGAUGCCUUAUGUGAGCAUUGUACCUAAAGCACUUGAAGAACCAUGUGAUGGUUGUGCUGCUCCCUAUGGCUAUCGCAAUCACUUAUGUUUAUCAACAAACACUAAUGAAUUUAUUAAACAAGUACGAGAUGCGCCUGUCUCCGGGAACUUAGAUGCUCCAGAGGGGGGUUUCGAUGCUAUAAUGCAAGCAAUUGUUUGUAGAGAUGAAAUAGGCUGGAGAGACAAAGCUCGAAAACUUUUACUUUUUUCUACUGAUGCUGGUUUCCAUUUUGCUGGUGAUGGCAAACUCAGUGGUAUUGUAAAACCUAAUGACGGUUGCUGCCAUUUAGAAAAUGGAGAAUAUCAGCAAUCCAAAUAUCAGGAUUAUCCAAGUAUUUCACAAAUUAAUUUAAAAGUCAAAGAAAAUUCUGUGAACAUUAUUUGGGCAGUUACGGAAGAACAGCUCAGCAUCUACCAAUCUCUUACGCAACAUAUAGAAGGAUCUUAUGCCGCUAAACUUAGUGAAGAUUCAAGUAAUAUCGUCGAUUUAGUCCGUGAACAAUACAACGCUAUUUCCAGCACUAUUGAAUUGAAAGACACAGCGAGCAGUUUUGUUAAUAUUAAAUAUUAUUCCACCUGUCUUGGAGGAGGAGACUUAGUUGAAACAAAUAAAUGCCAAGGCAUUAAAGUAGGAAACCAAGUUGAGUUUGUUACUGAAAUUUCAGUUCCAGCAUGUCCCAAAGAUCGUUCGCAAUGGAAUCAAAAUUUUACAAUUUAUCCUGUAGGAGUCAACGAAUCACUGACGGUACACUUAGAAAUGCUGUGUGACUGUGAAUGUCAAACUGUGUCUACUUCCCCUGUUUGUCACUUCAAUGGUGACUUGAAAUGUGGUAUAUGCAUAUGCAAUGAAGGUUUCUUUGGUGAAUUUUGUCAAUGUGAUUCUAAUGAGAACGGCGUAUACGUAUACAAUGAGUAUGCUUGUAAACGUGAUAACACCUCCCAGACAAUUUGCAGUGGUAGAGGUACAUGUGAAUGUAACACAUGUAUAUGCACUCCACCGAAAGAACCUUAUCAAAAAAUUACCGGAAAAUACUGCGAAUGCGAUAACUUUUCGUGCGAUCAUGGAAACAAUACGAUUUGUUCAGGCCACGGAGAAUGUAACUGUGGCGAAUGUAAUUGCUUUAAAGGCUGGACAGGGUCUGCCUGUGAUUGUAGCACUGAUACAGGAACCUGUUGGUACAAAGGACAAAUAUGUUCGGGUCGUGGCAAAUGCGAUUGCGGAAAAUGUAUAUGCGAAGAAGUAAAAGAUCGACGUUAUUACGGAAAGUAUUGUCAAAAAUGUGAAGAUUGUCCCAAUGAAUGCGAGGUGAUAAAACCUUGCGUCCUUUGCAAUGUUUUCCACGAAUUAAAUAACCAAACCGUUGAUUCAACGGAAGAAUGUAAGAAAAAUUUGACAUGUGAUAACUACGAAAUAGUUGUGGUCAAAGAGUUGAUCAUCGAGGUAGAUAGAGAAGACAUUGACAUGGUAUCUUGCUGGGGUUAUGAUAUGAACGACUGCAAAUAUUACUUCGCCUACUUCUUCAACGAGACUAUCGGAAAAACUCAAGUAAACGUUCUGAAAGCUCGCGAUUGUCCACCACAAGUCUACUUGAUGGGGAUAAUAUUAGGCGUAGUCGGUGCAGUUGUAGUCAUCGGUGUAGCUUUCUUGCUUACCUGGAAGUUGUUCACGUCUAUUGCUGACAGGAGAGAAUUUGCGAAGUUCGAGAAAGAAAGAAUGAUGGCUAGAUGGGAUGCUAGCGAGAAUCCAAUCUACAGGCAAGCCACGUCUACGUUCAAAAACCCAACGUACUCGGCAAGCGCAGCAUACGCAGCAAGUGCAAGUGCCGGUGUACGUGAGCGCAUGCCUUUAAAUCGUUAAGAAACAUUCAUCGAAUCAAGCGGCCAUCUGUUACUUUCCGUGAGAUGACGAUUUCUGGUAAAAUUGUCGUUCACUUGUACAUUGUUUCGAAAAAAAAAAUCAUUUUAACGUGAUACUUGUAGGCAGCUCUGAGAAAAGUAACGCACUAAAUGGAAUUACACAAUCUAUUUCGAAGAGUUGGCUAAAGUUUAAUUUUUAAAGACUGAAAGUAUUGAAAAUAUACUUCAAAAUACUGCCAUAAUACUGCAAUGAGCACUGUUAUGCAAUUUUGAAUUUACUCUAACACGUUCAGUGCCAAUAAUGCUUUACUGUUUUUGGCAGUGCGAUAACGUAAUGAUUUCUUAUUAUUUUCUUUUAAGACAAGAAAUACAUAGGCAACAAUAUUAUCAUGUUUUAAUACAAAAGGCAGUUUUGACAUCUGAAAAUUUGGUACUACGUAUAUUCUUAUUUAGUGUGCCUUACAUAUCGCCAUCCCCUAACUAAUAGAAUAAUUGUUGAAGGAGUUUUUCUAUAACUCUUCGAAAAUAUUGAAAUAAUGUAUCAUACUUGAAUCAUCUAUUGAUUAGCAUUUAGUUCCAGAGGUUUAUGUAGUUUAUUCUGUUUCCCGAUAGAAAUAUCUCUUGUUAGAAGUGUUUCUCAUAUUCUGUUCAAGAGUCUAAUUAUUUUGUCAAUCAAGUAUUUUCCCAAGCUUCAUUAAAUAAACUUACUCUUUAACUGAGUUUAUGAAAAUAAGCAAUGGAAUCCUUUAUUCGCAAUGGGGCAAUGUAACAUUAAAUAUUUUCUUUUAUCGUUGUUAAUGUUGCUUGAUACCCAUGCUUUUAAAAAUUGACUUUCAAUGCUUUAGCCAAAAUCUUUUAGCUUCUGUUAAUUAAAGACUUUAAUAAUUAGCAUUUUGUAACUUUGUGUAUGCCAAAUGAAGCUACGUCGCAUUUCCUCAAUGUAUUUAUCAGCCAAUCGAAUAUUUUUCGCAAAUGUAUGCUCAUGUUUUAGUAUUUUCUUGAAUUCCGUGAUAACCAUGUAGUUGAGAAGAGUGGACGUGUGUUUCGUGUUUUGAAUAACUACUGCAUCUAUAAUACUUAAGUAUUCACUACAUAAUUUUUAAUUAAUAUGUAGUUUAGUUUCAAAUUUAAUAAAAUCUUAUUGAUCGAAACUAUUGUACAUACUUAUCUAUUAAUGUAAUUUAUAACAAAAUAGAUGUUGAAUUGAAGCAGCUCACAAAAAGUAAACAUUAUGAUUGAUUUCAUGUAUCUAAACUAACUAAUUGUAUGUGUACUUUCAAUUGAAAGAUAAGACUAGCAUUAUUUUAUUUUAAACAAUUUUCAAUGAUGCUGCGUAUCAUCGUAUCAAAUGUGAGCUGGGACUGCAAUAAUUGUUUAAAACUGAGAAAACAACUUUUUUCAACCAUGAAUUCAGAUAUAUUGCUUCAACAACAAUAGGUUGCAUUAAAUUUACAAGAUAAAUUUUUGAAUCAAAAACUUAAAAAAAAGUCAUUUUCCAUCUAUUAUUCAAGUACCGACAUUUUCACG